AUCUAUAUUGCGUGAACAGAGACGGGACCUGGCGAGAUUUUGAACCUGUUGCGCAAUCUCCAGACGAGCUGAGUCACAAGGUACUGAAAAUGUCUCAAGCACAAAAAAGAAAAUUCCGCGUGGGCUCAACCGAAGACCCAGAUGAUGAGGAUGAGGAUGAGGAUGUGGAUGUGAAGAAGCCAUGUACAUCAACUCAAGAUGGAAGAGCACUGGACACAACAGAUACAAAUGUGUCUUCACUGUUGUCACUACCUGGCACACCAGUUAUUGAAAUAGGAGAAUAUGGUUUGAAUGUCAUAGAUUCUGGUGCAUUAGGCGUCACAGUCAUUCAUAGAGAUGGGCGUGUCCAGCCAUCAGGAGUGAUACAUCAAAGUGUACCAUCUGAAAUGAUGGGGGAACAGCUUGGACCAAAUGAAGUGAUGCAUCAGCAUCCCGAGUCACCAGGAGUGACGCAUCAGUACCCUGGAUCAUUAGGAGUGACGCAUCGGUACCCUGGAUCAUCAGGAGUGACGCAUCAACAUCCCGCAUCAUCAGCAGGGAUGCAUCAACAACAGGGAUCAUUAGGAGUGACGCAUCAGUACCCCGGAUCAUCAGGAGUGAUGCAUCAGCACCCGGGAUCAUUAGGAGUGACGCAUCAGUACCCUGGAUCAUCAGGAGUGACGCAUCAACACCCGGGAUCAUUAGGAGUGACGCAUCAACACCCUGAAUCAUCAGGAGUGACGCAUCAACAGCCCGCAUCAUCAGGAGUGACGCAUCAACACCCGGGAUCAUUAGGAGUGACGCAUCAACACCAUGGAUCAUUAGGAGUGACACAUCAGUACCCUGGAUCAUCAGAAGUGACGCAUCAGUACCCUGGAUCAUUAGGAGUGACGCAUCAGUACCCUGGAUCAUUGGGAGUGGGGCACCAGUACCCUGGAUCAUUGGGAAUGAUACAUCAGCACCCCAGAUCAUCAGGAGUGACGCCACAACACACUGAUGAUCGUUUUAAAAAUAUCUGCGACGCCACGGAGUAUUCACUCAAGCAUGACAGAACAGAAUACGUGUCUACCUAUGCUCAGAGGUCUGCCCAAACACUUUUGACAGAUUGUGGAUGUAUCUUCCUAAAGGGGAUGUUAGGAUCUGGGAAAUCACGGCUGGGUCGGCGGUUACUAGAAGAAAUGUCUAUGACGGAUGGGAGGACUGCUCUUCUGCUGACUUCAGCGGAUGAAUGGUCACUCAUUCCGAAGAAUGACAAAACUGACAAGCCCAGAAGUCAAAGUGAACGUUACAUUGUGAUGAUUGAUGACAUUUUUGGCGCGACAAACUUUUCACAAUCACAUUUUGACGAUUGGACAAGGAAGUUUGAUAUAAUGUGGCCAUCUAUUGAAUCUGGCCACAUCUUCCUGAUCUUAACAUCCAGAUCUGAAAUCACCGCACAGUGUCAGUGCCAACUAAACAAACACAGCCUCAUGAAAAAUAUCCGUCAUUUUCUAAUCGAUGACGGCCAGUAUGCUCUUCAGAAAAAGGAAAAAGAAAAAAUGUUGAAAGUUAUUUGUCAUGGCAAAUUUUCUGAAAAAGAAGUAGAAGAAAUUGUCAAAAUAGAAACAGUCCUUGGAUUCCCGCAGGUUUGCACUUUCUUUGCCAGUAGCAGGGAAGCACAAAGGAAAGGGUUAAGCUUUUUCAAGAAACCCAAUGAGUACGUCCAACAGGAAGUUGAUGCCCUCAAGGAAAGUGAUGGUUUGAGUUACCUGGUUCUAUUGCUGGUAUUGAUGAGUGAUGGGCAUCUUAAUGCAACCUCUCUUGAUCCAAGAAAAUGUACAUCUGAUUUUAAAGAAAUGGUUGAGAUGAUGAAAGAAUAUUGUCCAAAUCUACCCACACGUCCAAGCUUAUUUGGCAUCCAAAAAAAAGCAGAUUCACUCUGUGGUGGUUACUUGAAGCAAAGCCAGAACGGAUAUGCUUUUCAGCAUCAGUCUGUAUAUGAGUCUGUUUUUAUAAGCAUCUCAGAGCAGUUUCCCAGCUCUUGCAUCAGAACAUGCCCAAGUUUUGUCCUUGGAGAAGUGGUAAGAACUAAAAGGCUGGAUGGAGACAUACGUAUUGUCUUGAUACCUGAGGAAAAUUAUGAUGUAUUUGCUGACCGCAUCACAGAGUUGCUUUUGUCAGCUGAACAUGAGAGCAGUAAGAUGAUAAGGAGACAUCCUUCACUCAAGCACAAGGAAUUUAUAUCAUUCUUGGUGCAAAGAUGGGCGAAAAAUGGGCAACUGACAAGCAUUAUGCAGUGCAAACAUUUUGUAGGAUUUGUUUCGUGGAAGUCGAAAGAUAAGGAGAUUAGGAUUUCGAAAUGUGAUUAUUUAUUGAGUAAAUUUGUAAUGGAUAGUAAUGAUCAUCUGGUACAAGUUGUUUUAAAUUCGAUUCCAUCACCUGAGAAAUUCAAAGACAUAAUACAGGAAUGUUUGCCUUGUGCAAUUUUUGUUGGAAGUAACAGUUUUGUCAAAUGGUGUCUUGACCAUGGUGCUGAGCCAAACGAAAACUGCUUUAAAGCUCUGUUUGUGAAUUCUGGCCAGAGUCUUAAGAAUGACGUCAUUGAUAGAAUCUUUAACGGUUUUGUCACUGCUAACUUGAGAGGGAAAAAACUCUGUUACAGUCCAGAAUUAGGAAAAGGAUAUGCAAUUGGUCAAAUCCUGACAAUAUUGUUACUGCAUGCUGUACGCAUGGGACACACAUAUAUUGUCAAGUUGACAGUGCACAUGUUAAAACACAAGGACGACAACCUCAAUGUAAUCUCAGUGAUAUUAUCAUGGCUCUGUGAUCAGAUGCAAACACAUCAGCCCAAAUACACUGUGUUUAGCAGCAGGGAAUGUUUGAAAGAAAUGAUUCAGAUACUGCUUUCAACUGGAUGUAAACUUCAUUGUCAACAUCUCCUUUUGUCAGCCUCAGCUCACUCAGAUGCCACAGUUCUGAAUCUUUUACUGAAUCUUGAGACAGACAUUUUGCAGACGAGGAAUUACGUCGAUGAUAACAAGUACUCUACCAAAUACGCAACACCUCAAGAACAGGCAGCAGCUUAUGGUAGCACUGAGUCCUUGGAUAUAUUGCUGAAAUACUCCCAAGACAUAAGCCAGCGUUUUAGGGUUGUUGCCGCAAACACCUUCUUGCUACACAGGGCAGCACAACAUGGAAAUGAUAAAUGUGCAGAUUUCUUAUUAGUGAAAGGUUUUCAGGUAGAUUUGAAAGACAAUGAUGGCAAUACCCCAUUACAUUUGGCUGCUCAGAACAGUCACCUUGAAUGUGUGAAAAUACUUCUGCAGCAUAAGGCACCUGUCAACCUGGAAAAUCGUGAAGGACUCGUACCUUUGUCAGUCGUUGAAAUCGUGAAUCGUGAAAUAGUAAAAGCUCUAGUUGUGGCAGAAAGUAUCUUAAAUCAAAUGGAUGGAAAGGGUAGAACAAUUCUUCACAAGGCUGUUCUAUGUAAUGAUUUGGAGACUGUAAAAUUCCUUUGCAGCAAAGAAGCUGAUGUGAAUAUUCUUUCACAAUGCGGUUCACAAACUAGAAGUGUUGUUCACCUAGCCUGUGAGUAUGCUGACAUAGAAAUACUAAAGUUCUUGUGCAACUCAGGAGCAAGGAUUGAAGCAGUAGACGCUGACAAGAGACCAAUUGUUCACAUGGCAGCAUGCUCUCGUGUUGAUGCUUUAGAGAAACUCACAUUUCUCAUUGAUGUCCAAAAGCAUCUUCCUGAUGCAGAAGACAAGGAUGGCAGAACAGCGAUAUUUUCAGCAAUCGACACUCAUGUUGAUACUUAUGGAGUUGAAAUAUUGGAAUUCCUACUGAACAGAGGGGUGAGUGUGAAUCACAAAGAUGCCAGUAAAGACAACAUUUUGCUGUGUUUACUUAAAACUCCUUUCAGACACAACAACAUCAUAAAAAUGGUUGAUUUAUUGGUAAAGAGGGGUGUUGAUCUAAAUGCAAUGGAUUCCCGUGGUACAACAGCCCUUCGUCUUGCCAUUGAGGAUAUGAUUUAUGAUGCAGCGGAGCUAAUUCUCAAGCAUGGAAAUACAGACAGAGAAUUCGAUCCAAAUAGAAGAGAUGAUUUCGGAAAAACAUGUCUCCACUAUGCCACCGAACAGAGGAAAUCUGAACUGUGGGAACGUUUUCGUGAUACACCAGAUCUUUUUUUAUAUUCAUUUUCUCAGUAUUGCUAUCUUCAAAGUCCAUGCAUGUUGUAUUGUGCAAGAGCAAACUACACGCUGACCGAAAUGCUUCUCGAGCAAGGUGUGAACCCACACCUUCAAGAUAUAAUGGGUAGAAACCCUCUUCACUAUGCUGCAGGGUGUGGUAAACCUAAGACUGUGAAACUUCUUCUGGAAAAAGGCAUUGAUCCAAAUGUAAGGGAUGGAAUGGGAUGGACGCCCUUUCAUAUGGCUGCUGUACACGGAGGAUACAGGACUGUAAGUGCCUUGCUAGACAGUGGAAUUGAUGCAAAUAUACAAGACAAUCAGGGAAUGACAGCACUUCAUUUAGUUGUGACGAUGAGAGGCUUCCAUUUACAGAGCUUAGAAGAAAACUAUGAUUAUGCAGAGCUAUCUUGUCUGGGUCCUUGUGAAUUCCUCAAGUUAUUUUUAGAGAAGGGUGUUGACCCAAAUAUACCGGAUAAGCUAGGUAGGACAGCUCUUCACUAUGCUUCAGAUCAUUCGGACAACUCCAGUGUCAUGCUUCUGCUUGAUCAUGGUGCUGAUUCAGAUGUUCAAGAUCUAUGGGGCAUGACGCCCCUCCAUCGUGCCUCUACCAAAAAAAGCUCAGUAUUGAAGCUUCUACUGGACCAUGGUGCUGAUCCAUGUUUACGGGAUCAACAGGGCAUGACAGCCCUCCACUGUGCUUCUACGAAAUGGAGAUGUAAUAUAGAAGCUUUUCAGAUGCUGUUAAAAUCAGGUGUUGACCCAAAUGUCAUUGAUGAGCAAGGGAGGACAGCACUCCACUAUGCUUCACAACAUUCGGACAAAGAGAUCGUCAAGCUUCUUCUAGAAUACAAUGCUGAUCCAGGUGUGAAGGACAUACAUGGCAUGACAUCUCUCCACUAUGCAGCAAAGGCCAAAGAUAACAGCUGUGAUAUUUUGGAGAUAGUGCUGAAGAAGAGUGUGGGCCCAAAUAUUCUUGACAAGAAAGGAAGGACAGCCCUUCACUAUGCAUCAGAAAAUUCAGACAAAGAGAGGGUCGAGCUUCUUCUAGAUCGUGGUGCUGAUCCUUCUGUAAAGGAUCUGCAAGGCAUGACAUCUCUCCACUGUGCUGCUACGAAUAGUUACGGAGCCUUACAGACACUGAUCGAGAGAGGAGUGGAUCCAAAUAUUCUUGACAACAAGAGAAGGACAGCACUUCAUUAUGCCUCAGAACGUGGAUCUGAAGACUCAGUGAAGCUUCUGUUUGAUCGCUGUGCUGAUCCAGGUGUACAGGACCUUCAGGGCAUGUCAGCUCUCCACUGUGCUGUACACUUGCGUCGUUACCGGUCUGAUGUUUUGCCGAUACUGUUAGAGAAAGGCAUACACCCAAAUUGCCUUGAUAAGCAGGGGAGGACAGCUCUUCACUAUGCAUCAGAAAAUUCGAUGAAAGAGAGCGUCAAGCUUCUUCUAGAAUACAAUGCUGAUCUAGGUGUGAAGGACAUACAUGGCAUGACAUCUCUCCACUAUGCAGCAAAGGCCAAAGACAACAGCUGUGAUAUUUUGGAAAUACUACUGAGAAAGAGUGUGGGCCCAAAUAUUAUUGACAAUAGAGGAAGGACAGCUCUCCACUAUGCAUCAGAAAAUUCAGACAAAGAGAGCGUCAAGCUUCUUCUAGAAUACAAUGCUGAUCCAGGUGUGAAGGACAUACAUGACAUGACAUCUCUCCACUAUGCAGCAAAGGCCAACGACAACAGCUGUGUUAUUUUGGAAAUACUGCUGAAAAAGAGUGUGGGCCCAAAUAUUAUUGACAAGAGAGGAAGGACAGCACUCCACUAUGCAUCAGAAAAUUCAGACAAAGAGAGCGUCAAGCUUCUUCUAGAAUACAAUGCUGAUCCAGGUGUGAAGGACAUACAUGACAUGACAUCUCUCCACUAUGCAGCAAAGGCCAAAGACAACAGCUGUGAUAUUUUGGAAAUACUGCUGAGAAAGAGUGUGGGCCCAAAUAUUAUUGACAAUAGAGGAAGGACAGCACUCCACUAUGCAUCAGAAAAUUCAGACAAAGAGAGCGUCAAGCUUCUUCUAGAAUACAAUGCUGAUCCAGGUGUGAAGGACAUACAUGACAUGACAUCUCUCCACUAUGCAGCAAAGGCCAAAGACAACAGCUGUGAUAUUUUGGAGAUAGUGCUGAAGAAGAGUGUGGGCCCAAAUAUUCUUGACAAGAAAGGAAGGACAGCCCUUCACUAUGCAUCAGAAAAUUCAGACAAAGAGAGGGUCGAGCUUCUUCUAGAUCUUGGUGCUGAUCCUUCUGUAAAGGAUCUGCAAGGCAUGACAUCUCUCCACUGUGCUGCUAUGAAUAGUUACGGAGCCUUACAGACACUGAUCGAGAGAGGAGUGGAUCCAAAUAUUCUUGACAAGAAGAGAAGGACAGCACUUCAUUAUGCCUCAGAACGUGGAUCUGAAGACUCAGUGAAGCUUCUGCUUGAUCGCUGUGCUGAUCCAGGUGUACAGGACCUUCAGGGCAUGUCAGCUCUCCACUGUGCUGUACACUUGCGUCGUUACCGGUCUGAUGUUUUGCCGAUACUGUUAGAGAAAGGCAUAUACCCAAAUUGCCUUGAUAAGCAGGGGAGGACAGCACUUCACUAUGCUUCAGAAAAUUCGAUGAAAGAGAGCGUCAAGCUUCUUCUAGAAUACAAUGCUGAUCCAGAUGUGCAGAACAUACAUGGCAUGACAUCUCUCCACUAUGCAGCAAAGGCCAAAGACAACAGCUGUGAUAUUUUAGAAAUGCUACUGGAGCAGAGUGUGGACCCAAAUAUUCCUGACAAGAAAGGUAGGACAGCCCUUCACUAUGCUUUAGAACCAUCGCCAGUCAAAAACAUAAAGCCGGUUCAACACGGUGCUUACACAGAAGUAGAGGAUUGGUUACGUGUGAUACCUCUUCAUCCAAAACCUCUUCAUCCCAGACCUAGUGACACUAUACCUCUUCUCACUAAAACAGGUGCUCGUAGGACAACUAUUUACCGAAGAGAAUUCGAACAAGAAUAUGGAAUCCUACUGUGUGAGUAUAGAAGGAUGAACAUGCUGGAGAUGCUUCUCAAGAAGGUCGACCCAAAAAUACAAGAUCACAAAGGAAGGACAGCUUUACACUACGCUGCACAGGCUUCACGAAAUGAAACUUUAGAGAUUCUUUCAGAACUUGGGGUCACUGUACAUAAGGAAAAUGACCAGGACAGGGCCUUUUUCCGGGCUGCUGCUGACCGCAGCUACAACAGGUGUGAACGAGUGAAGCUGCUACUCAGACGGGGCGUCGACAAAACUGUUCGAGACAUACAGGGGAGAACAGCUGAGCAGUAUGCUACAGAACUAUCAGAUAUCAAUCCGUGACUUCUCUGGAGACGGUACACCAUUCGGCACAGAAUUAGAGAAGAGCACGGGAAUGUCGAGAGCAAUUGUGGCCAUUCUGGAUUAUUGUAAAGUAGACAAUGGAACCCAGACGGAAAGGGGGAAGAAGGAACAGCAGGUUUGGGCGGUAUUUAUAUAGUAGCACUGGGCGGUGGGGUAGCCUUGUGGUUAAAGUGUUAGGUCAUCACCCAGAAGACUGGGUUAGAUUACCAACAUGGGUGCAAUGUGUGAAGCUCAUUUCUGGUGUGAACCAAAUUACUCCAUAUUGAAAACAAGCCCCAGUGAGCCGGCAGUACCUCGACCGUGUGGAAAUGUUACCUUUGCUUCAUAUACGGCUUUGGCAUUGGGGAAAGGUCAGGACGGAAGACAGAAUAACUUGGUCAAGGGACAGUGACAGAGUCUAUCAAUGUGCUGUUCACUAAUCUUGAACUGUUUCAAAUUAAGCUUGUAAAUUUAACUAAAGCUUUCUUUCAGCGUCUGCAUGGGUUUUUCAGAACGCUCAUGAAUAAAUUAAGUUCCUUGGUCCUCUAGAGUUAUUACAUGUAAAGGGUGUUUAGAGACAAAUAGAUAUAGGCAUGCGCAGUAUGGCCAAACAAAUGGAGCCCAUACAAACCUGUGUACAUUCCUUUUAGUUCUGCGAUAUAUAUUCUCUUUACAAUGUGAAAGCUGGUUAUAUGUAGAUCAUACAGGGAACGAAACAGACAGCCUGCAGUUGUAGAUAUUGUGCUUGAGUAUGAUACGACCAUCAAAAUGUCUUUUCUAUGGGAGGUAGCUGGUUAAAAUUGCAUGGUUACAUACGCACAUCGAAAAUGACCCAAGUCUUUGUCUGUGUUUCAAACGGUGCUGACGUUAAAUUUUGCAAUUAUAAUGUAACCUGCUUGUGACAAAGGUUAGCUCCCCUUACAUACUUACAAGGCUCCUAAAACCUUUCUCAAACCCUCUGGGUCAGAUUACACUGGAAAGGCCCAUGCGAUUGUAGUACCGUGUCUAAAAACAGAACAAGUCUAAAAAUGCAUUCCAUUUCCCUCUACUGAAUGUGAGCAGGAGCUUAAUUACACACUUCAUAGUGAAGACUGUCAUAUACCAUUGGUUUUGGUUUUCAGCGACUGAUCUCGUGAAUGAUGUGAUAUGCUGUACUAUGAGAUGCUUAUGUGUAUUCCUUUGGAUCUGACAAUGUACAAGCAGGACAUUAUCACCAAUUCUUGGUUAGCGUUUCAAUAACAACUUUGACUGUAUCACUAGAUGUAUAUUGCAGUUAUGAUGGCUGACGUGUGUCACAUCGAAUACAGUUCUUUGAUGCUAUUAUUCGUUCUUGUUUUGUUUGACAUUUUAUAUAUAUAUAUUUUUGUAUGUGUAACAGCCAGUGUCCGUGUACGGUUGUGAAGUAUCAAUUUCUGUGAAAAACCGUGAUGUGUGAAUAUAGUAAGAAAUAGUGAGGGUGGAUGUGAUAGUUAUUGUUUUUAUCAUAACUUGUUUUAUAUACCAUUGUUAGUAUUAUCAAGGUUGUAUAUUAACUUUUCUUAGAAUGACCCGUGAUGAUUGAUGAUCCGUGACUGCUAUGAGACCUUGUUUACACUCUGUGGUUAGUGUACUACAUAUGAUCUUGUAUGUAAUGAACUCUCUAUAUAUUCUUCAUGUAUAUCAUAAAUGAUAUACAUACAUAUGAAGGAAUAGUUUUCAUCUUAUUAUUUUUAUUUAAAGAUUUAUUUAUGCUAAUGCAUUGUUAGGGCUAGCUGUAUUCUAAGAAUAUGUAGAACGUGUAAUACGUGUAUAUGUAAGGCAUGUUAUGCCUCUAUGCUCAAAUAGUUAAUUAUAUUUAUGUAUAUUUUCAGAAUGAUCAAACAUUCCUUUUUAUUGGAUGAA